AUGCUCAGAAACAAAGAGUACAAACAGGACAGGAACAGUUUUGGGGAAAACAUGACAGGUGAUCCGAUCCCCAAGGACCGGUUUCGCCACGCCUACGGCCCUCGCGCGGCCGACCUGCAGAUUAUGAUUCAGGCCAGCGAGUUCUUCCGCAGCCAAGGAAUAACUGGCAUCUUCUUUGUGGGACUUCAAAAAUGCUUCAUCAAAACUCAGACUAAAGUCAUAGCUGAGACUACGGAGGCCAAGAUCCCUGAACUUGAGGGAGAAGAAAUUACAAGCACCUACUUUGAGCAGUCCAUGGUCUGGGUCCCUGGGGAAAAGCCCAUUCAGAACAAAGAGUUUCUGAAGAGCUCCAAAAUCUUUGACAUCUGUAGAAACGUGACCAUCUACUGGAUCCACCCAACACUGAUAGCAGCUCCUGAGCUCGCCGACCUCAGAGAGGGAGAAGGUGACACUGAGCUGCUUGUAAACAACCAAAACUGGCUGGAUGGGGGGAACGAACACGAGGUGGAGAAGGAUGCACAGCCAGGGCCCAAGCGCCGGGCACGGCAGCUCACUGAGGAGGAUCUGCCCGUCAAUGACUAUACGGAGAACGGGUUGGAGUUUCACCCCUUGUGGGACGAGCGAGGCUACUGCUGCGCCCAGUGCCGGCGCGCCAACCGCUACUGCAGGCGGGGGUGGGGGCCCCCCCUCGGCUCCACAACCCACUGCUACCAGGGCGGGAGGGUGAUCUGCCGGAUCAUCAUGCCAUGCAACUGGUGGAUAGCACGAAUGCUGGGCCGAGUCUAG